CACCUGUACCUGUCAAACUGAAUUUCGUGCAACAUCCGGCUGAAGCUGAAUAAAUAAGAAAAUGCUACCGGGUGUAGGUUUGCGGCUAUGAGCCCUGCUGUACACACAUCGGUACAUAAACUCAAACCGAAACCAACACACACACAAGCCAGCCAGCCAGGCGAAAGCCGACCUGCCUUCAAUCAUCUGUUGCUCUCUUUGGACGACGAUUCGGAGAUGGUGAGACGCGCGACUGUGGCUACGAGAGUGCCCUUGCGCACCAACACCAGCACACGGACAGAGGAGCGAGUGCUGUGAAUGCUGUACGAGACGAAGAUGGCAAAACCGACCAUUACACAGUGCUGUGGCCUGUGGCGUGUCCACAAUCCACCGAAGCCCUUCGAUCGUCUUCGGCAGUCGUGUACGGUGGUUGUGUUCGCCUUUUGCUCUAGAAUGCGGCACUUCAGCUUGUUGUUAAUUGCAGUGUUGGGUGUGAUCUGCUUCCUACCGCAAAGUGGCAAUGGAGCAAAGAUACUGCUCGUUUCGGCCUUCCCCGGCAUGAGCCACUGGCUGAUGUUCGAGCACAUCAUACACGAGCUGCUGCGGCGAGGUCACGAACUGACGGCCAUCUCUAGCUAUCGGUUGCGAACGGACGGUGCCAACUAUACCGACCGCUACCACGAGGUACUGAUCGAGCCGAUAUACGACUUCGAAGCGAACGGGCUGCCGAUGGAAGUGUUUUACAAAUCGCAAUCGUUCGGUGAUCCAUUCUUCAAGAUGUCGAUACUGUGGAAGCUGGGGCUGGAAACGGCGGAGCAUGCGUUCGAGAGUGCGAAUGUGCGGACGUUCCUGCAACGGGAGGGUCUCACGUUUGAUCUGCUAAUAGCGGAGCAGUUUGUGCAGGAAGCGUUUCUGAUGUUUGCGCACAAGUACCGGGUGCCGAUCGUCACUAUCAAUACGUUAGGGCAUGCGGACUAUAUCGAUCGUGCGUUCGGGUUGCUAACGCCGUGGUCUUUCGUACCACACUUUAUGGUACAGUACGAUGAUCAGAUGACGAUGGCCGAGAGAGCGUACAACGUGUUCCUGUCCGCGUGGGAUGCAUACAAUCGGAAGUUUUACUACCUUCCCGAGCAGCGGAAGCUGGCAGAGAAGUAUUUUGGAGCGGAAAAUGCAACCUCCAGCCUGCCCAGUAUAGAAGAUCUCGAACGGAACGUUAGUGUGGUGCUUGUGAACAAUCACAUCAUCUCAUCCCGUCCAAGACCACGGAUCAACGGGAUGAUCGAUAUUGCUGGGGUUCACAUCAGGAAAGCGAAACCACUCCCACCAGUCUUGAAGAACUUCCUGGAUGCAGCACCCGGUGGCGUCAUCUACAUCAACUUCGGUACCUUCCUGCGAAGCUCGGGCAUGCCCCCGGAAACCCUAGCCGUCUUCCUGGCCCUGUUUCGUAGCCUCCCGCAGUACAGCUUCCUGUGGAAAUGGGAAGCAGACACAAUCCCCAACCUACCGCCCAACGUUCUCCUCCAGCGCUGGAUCCCCCAGAACGACGUCCUGGCUCAUCCGCACGUGAAGCUCUUUGUAUCACACGGUGGCAUCUUCGGCACGCAAGAAUCCAUCUACUGGGGCCGCCCAAUACUGUUCGUCCCGUUCUAUGGCGAUCAGCACAGCAAUGCGCUAAAGUUUGAGCGUGCCGGCAUUGGCCUAACGCUCCAAAUAAUCAACGUUACGGUGGAGGACUUUCGGGCGAAGAUAGAGCGCAUCGUGCAGGAGCCUACGUUCCAGCAGAGUGUCAACCGGCUGUCGGCAAUCUUUCGCGAUAAUCCAACCGAUCCGCUUGAGGAGGCCGCGUUCUGGGUCGAGUAUGUCGUGCGCCAUCGGGGAGCUGCUCAUCUGAAGUCAGCCGCAGUACAGAUGCCCUGGUAUCGGUAUCUGCUGCUGGACAUCUUGUCAUUGACCUUGCUGGUAGUUUUCAGUGCGUGGUGGUUGAUUAGGAAGCUAGCGAAGAAGGGUUGGUCGUUGAUAAACCAUCGCAGGGUAGAGAAAGUCAAACAUUUCCGCGCACUGUCGUACAUAAUCGGUUGUGCUGUUGCAUUUACCGUCCUCGGUCCACCGGCUGUCGAAUGUGGCAAGAUACUGUUCCUCGUCCCAUUCCCAGCACCAUCCCACUGGCUGUGGAUAGAGCACUUCGUGAAGGAGCUACUGUCCCGGGGGCACGAGGUAACGGCGAUCACUAACUUCCCUGCGAAGGAAGCGCACCGCAACUACACGGAAAUACUGAUCGAUCCACCGUACGAUAUACCUUACUACUUUCCCGUGUCGGAUAUCUACGAUUCGAAGUACAACAGUGAUCUUAACAACCUAUUCCUCUACUGGAGGGUAGGCAUCUCGACGACACAGUACGCGCUGGAGAACGAGAAUGUGCAGCAGUUCAUCGAGCAGGACGAUACGGACUUUGAUGUGAUCAUCUCGGAGCAGUUCUAUCAGGAAGCGUUCCUCAUGUUUGCCCACAAGUACCGGGCGCCGAUCGUGACACUCUGUACCCUUGGGCAUGCAAAUCACAUCGAUCAAGCGAUGGGACUCGUUACACCGUGGUCAUUCGUUCCACACCCAGUACUGCUGCUGUCCGACGAUAUGACAUUCUCCGAGCGCUGCUACAACUUUCUGAUCUCACUGGCCGAUCUGGUGGUACGGCAGCUUUACUACAUCCCCCAGCAGAACAGGCUCGCUCAGGCACACUUUGCCAAGAUUGAAGGUCCCGAGCUGAUGCCUUCGAUUCGAGAUCUCGAAAAGUCCAUCUCUGUGAUACUGGUCAACAGCCACCUGUCGACGUCACCUCCGCGGCCCACCAUCCCCGGCCUGGUGAAUGUGGCCGGCGCACACAUCAAGCCGGCAAAGGAGCUACCCGACGACAUCCGGAAGUUCCUGGACGGUGCCAAAGAGGGCGUCAUCUUCUUCAGCCUCGGCUCGUACAUGAGGAGUGCCGACAUGCCCAAGGACAAGAUGAAAGCGUUCCUGGAGGUGUUCCGCAAUCUCAAGCAGCGCGUACUGUGGAAGUACGAAAACGAGGACGUUGCCCGGCUGCCGAAAAACGUAAUGGUGCGCAAGUGGCUACCCCAAAGCGACAUCCUAGCCCACCCGAAGGUGGUACUGUUCAUCACGCACGGCGGUAUGUUUGGCAGCCAGGAGGGCAUCUAUCGCGGAGUGCCCAUGCUGUACAUACCGUUCUACGGGGAUCAGCAUCGCAAUGCGCUCAAGGCGGAGCAGGCAGGUUACGCACUGACGCUCAACUUCCCCGAGGUGAACGUCAUCACGCUCGGGUCGCGCAUUAACGAGCUGCUCACGAACCCCACGUUCAUGAAGCAGGCAAAACGGGCGUCGGAACUGUUCCGGGACAAUCUCGUGCCGCCGAUGCAGGAAGCGAUGCACUGGAUCGAGUACGUGAUGCGGCACAAGGGCGCCAAGCAUCUGAAGACGCGCGCGAUCGACCUGUCCUGGACGCAGUACCUGAUGGUGGAUGUGGUCGGGUUCUUUGCGCUCGUGGUUCUGCUCGCGGCGGUCGUGUUUUACAAAGUGCUGGGGCUGUUCCUGACACCACCGAAGCCGAAAUCGAAACCAAAGACACGGGACAUGAUGCUCGGGAUGAGGAAGCCGAAGUUAAACUAAGAUUUCAUGCUGAAAGCCGUUUUAUAGGUCGAAAUAAAACCAACGCAGCUACUAUUUA